AUGAAAAAACAUGCAACACCAGUGAAAAAAGAUGCAACACCAGUGAAAAAAGAGGCACCUUUAAAAGAAGAAAUAAGAAAUAAUAAGAAAGAAAAGGGGAUAGGAAAAAAGGUUGAUAAGGAAGAAAGGAAUGGAGCAGAAAAGAAGAGUAAAAAGAAGGAAGAAGGGAAUGUGACCGUGCAAAGAAGGUGGACCAGAGCACAGAUGAAGACAAGGAUAAGAAUUGAUAAGCAUUCCUUGAGUUUUGGAAAUUUCAACAUGCAGUUGAAGCAAAUUGUUGAUUCGGCAAUGGUUAUGUAUGCUACACAAAGUGGAUCCAACAAGAGGGUUAAACUAAAUUGGGUCAAUUUUACGUGUCCAGUUCAGCCCGGAUCUACCGAAUGUGGCUACAACAUGUUAAGGUUCAUGAAGGAGAUAGUUGAGGAAGGAUUGAAGUGUUGGUCAAAGACAAUAAACAAUAUGCAAAUUUUUUCUCAGGUCGGGGGUGGCAAAGUUGAGUACACCGACGAUGAUGUCGAUGAAAUACGUGAAGAAUGGUCGGAGUUUGUUACCGGCUUCAUUUACCGUGAUAUUUUGUAUCUGCAAAACAAUAUUUUUGUUAACAGUUAA